AUGAAGCAUGUGUGUCAGAUUCUUGCCCUCUGGGUCUUCUCGGUGCUCCUCUUGUGUCUGAUGAUCCGCUGCCUGGAUCGGAAACCUGAAUCGGCACCCCAGGAAAAACUGACAUACUUGGUACCAUGGUGUGGCAACUGCCUUUGGUUCAAGUUCAAGAAGUGUGGCAGCCCAGCUGGGACCCUCAACUACUCCCUGUACCACCACACAGUCAGAGAAGCAAACUGCUUUGACGCAUGCUAUGAGAAGACGAUGGGGUCCCUGAUGAGGACAACAGAAUCCGUGACCCCCAAUGCUGUGCUCUGGUGGUUGGGCAUGAGCUCAGCAAGCGAGCUGGGCAAAGUGUGGGAGAAGCUGUUCAAGGUGAUUCCCAGACCCUCAGUGAGGCAUAAUGAUCUGUAUUGUGGGUCUUGUGUGCUGGUGGGGAACUCGAAGGUCCUGCGAAGGGCUUCUGGCCUCAGCAACAACAUCACCCAACACACCACAGUCUUCAGGGUGAAACCCGCCCCCGUUCAGCGCUUCAAGACAGUAAGGAAUGAAACCACAGGCUUCACCUGCCGUAGGAAUGCUGGGGCCCAGGGUUCCUGGAGGCAGCUGCUGCUGCUUCUCCUGAAGCUUUCGGGUCUGGCAUGGACUUCAGAUGCUCUGAGUCAGGAGAUUUUGGAAGAUGACUUAGUUCCCUAG